CCUUCGACAGCAGUCUUUGCACUGUUGUGUCUGCACUCUUGGCCUUUACGAAAGGUGUAGAACACGGUAAAGAAAACGGGAGGGAAAUGGUGAUCGUACAGCAUAAAAGGUUUUAGGAACGCACGUCGAAAAAAGAGCAAACUUUAACUUCCCUGUCCCAGGGUAUUCGAAGGAGAUGAUUUGCAAUCACAAAGCUAAAAGAAUACAUCACAUCAAGGACAGACACAAUUUAUUGUGACAUUCAUUUCAUUGGAUGUUUAAUAUGGAAAGAAACAGCACUGUCCACAGUGGAGAUAAACCAUGGAAAUGUGGAGACUGUGAGGAGGGAUUCAGAUCCCCCUCUGAGCUGGAAACUCAUUGGCGCAGGCACACAGGGGAGAGGCCAUUCUCUUGCCCUGAGUGUGGGAAAGGAUUCGUUCGCUCAUCCAACCUGCUGAGACAUCAGCGAGUUCACUCUGGAGAGAGGCCAUUCACCUGCCCCAAGUGUGGGAAAGGAUUCAUUCAUUCAGCUGAUCUGUUGAGACACCAGCGAAUUCACACAGGGGAAAGACCAUUCUCCUGCCCCGAGUGUGGAAAAGGAUUUACACGCUUAUCAGGGCUGCAACAACACCAACGGAUUCACACAGGGGAGAGACCAUUCAUCUGCUCAACAUGUGGGAAGGGUUUCACUCAGUUUGCCGACCUGCAGAAACAUCAGCGAGUUCACACUGAGGAGAGACCUUUUCACUGUCCGGAGUGUGGGAAGUGCUUUAAAUAUUCUGGGGACCUGGUGCGCCAUCAACGUAUUCACACUGAGGAGAAACCAUACAGGUGCACUUACUGUGGCUCUGCGUUCAAACAGUCUGAGCAGCUCACUGUGCACCAGCGAGUGCACACUGGGGAGAGACCGUUCAGCUGCCCUGAGUGUGGGAAGGGGUUCACUCAGUCAUCUGCAAUGCUGACACACCAGCGCAUUCACACUGGGGAGAAGCCAUUCAUCUGCUCUAUUUGUGGGAAGGCGUUCACUCAGUCAUCCACCCUGAGGUCACACCAGCGAGUUCACACUGGGGAGAGACCAUUUAGCUGCCCUGAAUGUGGGAAGAGAUUUGUUCAGUUAUCUGCUGUGCUAGCACACCAGCGAGUUCAUACUGGGGAGAGGCCAUUCACCUGCUCCCAGUGUGAGAAAGCAUUCAAGACUUCAUCUACCCUGCUGAAACACCAGCGAGUUCAUCAGUAACUGUAGCACUUCUAUUUUGCUGUUUAUUUCACCAAUGGUUCAACAAUAUUGACUGGAGCUGAUGUCAAUAACCUCCAGACUAUGUGUUGGUGUUAGCACACUGGAUGAAGUAAAAUCAGUGUUUUUCUUUAAACUAGGUUCUUGUUAGAUCUAAUUUGAAAUGUUCUCCCAGUAAAUGCGAGGAGCUGGUGGAAAUUCUUCAUCACUAAGAUUAAGACAAUCCAAUCAGUUGCUUCUAUCCAAAUCAGUUGCCCACUGGCCCAAACUGUUUCUCAGGUAUUUCCGUGCCUGAGCUCUGGACUUUCAUCUUUCUCCAUUUUCUCUCCAUAGGACCAUAACAAUGUCAUUGCAUGUACUCCGAUGAGAAGAGCUGUCCCAGUUUAUAUUACAGAAAGUACCAAUUACUGUCCAGAUUAGAGAGAAAAGAAGCCCCUAUCUAUAAAACAGAGAACAGUAGUCCCGAUUGUAUAUGGUGCAGAACAGCUGUCCCUUUGUGUUGUAAACCAACAGUCCCUGGAGUGGUGCAGAGAACAGAAGUUCCUGGGGAUAUUAUUGUUAAUGCCAGUACUUUUCUGUUUUAAAGAGAGAAAUGGCCCUCCUGUAUAUUGGUGAGAACAUCAGUCCAUUUGUAUAUUAUAGACAACAACAGUCCUUGUGCAUACUACCUGAUGAAGGAGCAGUACUCUGAAAGGUAGUGUUUCCAAAUAAACCUGUUGGACUAUAA